AUGUCACCACCUACAACGUCGCAGACAUCGAUACAAAAUGCGGACUUGCAGGACCUCCAACAUCAGGUCAGUGUCAAGACGUUUGAAUUUCAGACUCUGCAGCGCGAGUACGACGCUUUGCUCCAGAAUCUCGAGAGACAGAAGACUAAAUGCGCCACGUUCGAGAAGAAGCUUGAAGUUAGCGGCAUAGAGAUAAAUAGCCUGAAAGAAGAGAAAGAAAGGCUGCUUGCGCAAAUUUUGACAGUCGAAGGUCAGAUCGAAGAGCUACAGCAGAGUAGGGACGAGGCUCGGCGGCAGUUGGUUGCUAAUGGAGCACAAUACGUGCGGAUCAUGGACAUGGCAAACCGGCUCCAGUCACAAAGUGCCGAGGCCAAAAAGAUAUGGGAGCUGGAGAAGGCAGGGCUAGAACAAAGGAUUCGGUUACUAGAAGAAGCGAUGGUGGCAGGUACCCCGAAGCCUACCCCGACAGUAGUCACGGAACAGCAACCUGGUAUCAAUUCAGUCCCGUCGUCUGUCGACUCGACAGAUACCAUGAACACCCCAAUCCCAUCGCAGACAGAGAUUAUCAAUGUCCUCCGUUCCGAAAUCAGUCGUCUUCGCUCCAGGACACAUACACUCGAGUCGACAGUGCAGAACAUGCGACGCGAAAGCUUUUCUAUCCAGACAGCGGCACGAAAAAUACUUGAUUCAGGCGACAAAAUAGGGAACAUUGCAAAAGAAGUAGUGGGUGAAGAUGAAUGA